AUGGCUCGCAGACACCUCACCUCUUCACCUUCACAUUCAGACCCGAAGGACGACCAGUCUGAAGGUGACGAUGAUGAAGGGCAACACAAAGGUUCACCUAGGGGUAAUACACAUCCUUGGUCUCCAACUCCUAAGGUUAUUGUUAAUGAUUCUAUUCCAACACCCCCUCCAUCUCCACCCAAGACCACUGUUCAGGUCACUAUUGCUCCACUACCGCCUGUCAUUUCUACACCAAUCACUACCUCUCCAUUACAACCACCUCUAUUUUCCAACGCAACCCUCACCUCUACACCUAUCAUCACUUCAACCAUAGAUUCUUCUGUCAACAUCAGCACAUCUGAUGUGGGGGCGAAGACUGAAGAACCUCCUAAAGUCACCACGGAGCCUCUUUCACCAACUCCUUCUAAUGAAUCUAGUCUAGUUUUUGGAGGAGUUGAUUUUGAAUUUGAUUCUACAUAUUACAGUCCCUACCAAAUUCCUAAUGAGGAAGAUGAAUCUGCUAUAGCAACAAAGCAGCACUUUGACAGUGUUCAUGAAAAGCUUGAUAACCUGAUCGCUUCAACAAAAAAGUAUAAUGAUGUUGUUCUUAAAGCUUUCAUGGAUACAACCCUGAACCAAUAUACAGAUUCCAUCGACAAGUGUAUUGCUACAAUCGAUGAUUCAACUUCUCUAUGCAGACGAGCCUCUGCUGAUGUUAAAGAUCUCAUUCAGGACUCCAAGGUUUUUCUUGACUCUCUCAAGGGUCAUGCUAAUUCCAAUGCUGCCAAGCUCACAGAGUCCAUUGAUUCGCUUUUUGAAUCUCUUCAAGUGGAGCAGACCAAGUUUGAAAUAGUCAGCUCCGACCUCUCUGCUGACAACAAGACUUUCUUGUCUUUCAUUGACUCUCGGUUUUAA